AUGGUGGGACCGACGAGGAGUAAGCUCAGGGAAGCGAGCCCCAACCCGCCGCAGUCCUCCCGCUCGGUGCAGACGAGGCGGAGGCAGGGCGCAGGGACGGCGGAGCCCCCGCCGGAGCGCGCUGCGCCGCAGGAGAGGCCCAAGAGGUCGCUGUUGCCGCCUUUCUCCCUUAGCAACAGGAGGAGCCAGCCCGGGGGCGCCCGUAACAACUCGCCGCGGAGGAUCCGAAAUAUGAACGCGCAAAAUUACUUUCAUCUGGAAGAGGCCAUCAAGCUCCUCCUUUCAGGCCGCUUCCAAUUCCUCCACACUCUCCUGGACCACUUCCGCGAAAAGGUGCAGGCGCUGCAGAUUCACCGCUUCUCCUACAGGACCCUCUUUGGCGUAGCUGCCUUUGUGGGGAUUUUGCACUGGAUACACUUAGUAACACUUUUUGAAAAUGACCGUCAUUUUUCUCACCUCUCAUCUUUAGAACGGGAGAUGACGUUUCGCACGGAAAUGGGACUGUAUUAUUCAUACUUCAAGACCAUCAUCGAAGCCCCUUCAUUUUUGGAAGGACUAUGGAUGAUCAUGAAUGACAGACUAACUGAAUAUCCCCUGGUAAUCAAUACAGUGAAACGCUUCCAUCUUUAUCCAGAGGUACUCAUAGCCUACUGUUAUCGCACAGUCAUGGGAAUACUGAAUUUAUUUGGGAUAGAAGCAAAGACCUGCUGGAAUGUCACCAGAAUAGAGCCUCUUAAAGAAGUUCAGAGCUGUGAAGGAUUGGGAGACCCAGCUUGCUUUUACGUUGGUGUAAUUUUUAUUUUAAAUGGACUAAUGAUGGGAUUGUUCUUCAUAUAUGGUACAUACUUGAGUGGGAGUCAGUCAGGAGGUCUAAUUACAGUAGCGUGCUACUUUUUCAAUCAUGGAGAGGCUACCCGUGUGAUGUGGACACCGCCUCUCCGGGAAAGUUUCUCAUAUCCAUUCCUUGUACUUCAGAUGUAUGUUUUAACCACUAUUCUCAGGACCUCCACCAUUCACAAAAAACAGUACAUGGCGCUCUGUUUCUCCAAUGUCGCUUUCAUGCUCCCUUGGCAGUUUGCUCAGUUCAUACUUUUCACACAGAUAGCCUCAUUAUUCCCCAUGUAUGUUGUGGGUUACAUUGAGCCAAGCAAAUUUCUGAAGAUCAUUUAUAUCAACAUGGGUUCUGUUGUCCUAUGUUUCAUUUUGAUGUUUGGAAAUCCAAUGUACUUAAGUUCUUAUUAUUCCUCAUGUUUGUUAGUGACAUGGGCAAUAAUGCAAAAGAAAAACAAAAUCCAAAAAUUGGGAAGCAAUGAACUUCACUUUUGGCUACUCCAAGGCUGUGCUUGGUGGAGUGGAACAAUCAUUUUGAAAUCUCUGACAUCUAAAAUCUGUGGCGUUUCAGACCAUAUUCGCCUGAGUGACCUUAUAGCAGCCAGAAUCUUAAGGUACACAGAUUUUGAUACCUUAAUAUACACCUGUGCUCCUGAAUUUGACUUCAUGGAACAAGCGACUCCACUGAGAUACACAAAAACAUUAUUGCUUCCACUUGUUAUGGUGAUUACUUAUUUUAUCUUUAAAAAGACUGUUGGUGAUAUCAUGUGUGUCUUAUGUACAAACACUUAUCUGAGAAAACAGCUCCUUGAAAACGGUGAGUUGAUUUUUCACACCUUGCAGUUGCUGGCAUUCACAGCUCUUGCCAUUUUAAUCAUGCGGUUGAAGCUGUUUUUGACACCCCACAUGUGUGUUAUGGCUUCCUUGAUCUGCUCUCGACGGCUCUUUGGCUGGCUUUUUUGCAGAGUUCAUUUUGAGAAUGUUGUCUUCGGUAUUCUGACAAUGAUGUCAAUACAAGGUUGGGCAAACCUCCAUAACCAGUGGAGCAUUAUGGGAGAGUUUACUAACUUGCCUCAGGAAGAGCUCAUACACUGGAUCAGAUACAACACCAGGCCAGAUGCUGUCUUUGCAGGUGCCAUGCCUACAAUGGCAAGCAUCAAGCUGUCUACACUGCAUCCAAUUGUGAACCACCCACACUAUGAGGAUGCAGACUUGAGGGCUCGAACAAAAAUAGUUUAUUCUGCAUAUAGCCGAAAAUCUGCAGCAGAAGUGAGAGAUAAAUUAUUGGAAUUACAUGUGAAUUAUUAUGUUCUAGAAGAGGCAUGGUGUGUUGUGAGAACGAAACCUGGUUGUAGUAUGCUUGAAAUCUGGGAUGUGGAAGACCCUUCCAAUGCAGCUAAUCCUCCGCUCUGUAGUCUCCUGCUCAAGGAUGCCAGGCCUUACUUCACCACAGUAUUUCAGAAUAGUAUGUACAGAGUACUGAAGAUUAACUGACAACAAGGAUACCCAUCAUUCUGUAGUGCA